AUGGAUGGCGCGGCUGAAAGUCCGGUUGCUUCAUCUUUUCGAGAUGCUCGCGCAGAGCUACAGAACGCGUUGUCUGAGCUGCAAACCGACCUGGCGAGGGUGCUCGAGGAGAAGGUGUCCGACUUUCAGAUGCUUCUGGCGGAGUUGCCAUCUGAGCUGCCGGCAGCAAUUCCAAUUAUCCCGGCGCCUGUGCCGCAGCGUGACAUGACAAAGGAGUUGAUGGAAGCAGGUCCUGUGGUCGAGAAGGCGGUCCGGAUUGAGGGCAUGGAGCUCCACUCCGGCACAUCCGCGCCUCGAUCGUCCGCCCGAUCCACCAGAGCCAGUGGCAUGAGGACUCUGGAGCAGGAGCUUUUCGUGUCCAAGAAAGCUGCGACGAAUUCCCAGCGAAAUUUCCGGCGCGAGAAGUCGUACGUCGGCUACGUGCAGAAGGGCUCUUUCCUCGGACUCCUCGUGGAUUCCGUUGGUUGCAGAUCCUUCUUUGAAGGAGCCCUCGGAAAAGUGGACCAGAUGCGUGCGCUGCAGGAGCCGCUUCGCAGCGGCUGCUGUGCGAAGUUGGUCCGGUCAUCGGCCUUCCAGUUCGUCACGACCACUGUCAUCAUGGCCAACUGCCUGACUCUGCUGAUCUCAGCGAAUUGGGCGAUGGAGAACCAGAGCUUCGACAUCCCCCAGGAGUUACGGUACUUAGACCUCGGGUUUACCAUCUUCUAUGUAUUGGAGCUGCUCCUGAAGUUCUACGUCCAUCGACUCUUCUUCUUUUGGCGUGAGGACUGGAAGUGGAACGUUUUCGAUUUCGUGCUUGUAGCGAUGGCUGUGCAAGAGCAGGUGGUGGAGUUCCUCAUUCAACACGAGGCGGGUACGGUGACGAGACUGUCGUACAUGCGCUCUCUCCGCGUGGCACGAGUGUCAAGGAUCCUCCGCUUGUUAAGAGCGAUUCGCGUGAUCCGCGAGCUUCGCAUGAUGGUCUUCUCCAUCAUCAGUUCCUUCACUGCUCUGUUCUGGUGCUUGGUUCUUAUCUCGUUGGUCAUUUGCGUGUUUGCCUUGUUCUUCCUCCAGAUAUGCACCGACUAUCUGAUUGUGGAGCGGGACUCAAUCGCCGAAGAUGUCUACAUUGACUUCCAAAGAACUUUUGGAUCCCUCACGAAAACGAUGACAACCCUUUACCUGGCCACGACUGGGGGCUUCGACUGGGAGCGUGCCCUUUCCCUGUUGAAUCGUGUGGGCGUUGUUGGAUCAUGGGCUUGGCUCUUUUAUAUCGCAUUCUUCAAUUUCGCGCUGUUCAAUGUGCUUACAGGCAUGUUUGUUGAUCAUGCGAUGAAGUGGUCGCAGAGCGAUAACCAGAAUCUCAUCACCGAGCAUCGGUCCCAAGAGCUCCAGGAUGCUGCACGACUGCAGCGGCUGUGCGAAGCCAUUGAUACCGAGAGCACGGGAAGGAUAUCGUGGGAAGAUUUUGAGUCAUUUGUCUCAGAUGAGUCGGCUCUGAUCUACUUGGCUUCCCUUGGUCUCGAGAUUCAUGAUGCCAAGACUUUUUUCGACAUGCUUGCCGGCGUGGCUUCGGACAAGUACAUCGACAUCGAGACUUUCGUGAAAGGCUGCAUGCGCAUGAAGGGGCCGGCCACGAGCAUCGACAUGCUGUCGAUGGCCUACGAGGUUACUCUCAUGCACCGCCAGAGCAACCGGAUCGAGCGGUCCCUUGUAGAGGUGCAGACGUUUCAGCGCAAGGUGGAGCGGCUUCUGAAAGAGCAGCCGGCGCGAGGUCAGCAACAGGUGGAGCGCCACGAGAUCCAGCACCUCCUGCGCAUGUUUCACCUUCCGGAGGAUGUGGCAGACCAGGUGCGGCUGUGGUCACGUUUCGUUCACGGCUGUGUCUAA